GUUUGCUCAAAGCUGUGUAACACUUGUUCAAGCCAGGGUUCACAGUUAGCUUUAAAAUAAAACAAAAUUAAUAAGAUUCUACUGCGCCUCUCCCUGUGCAAAACCCUAAAUCUCUUUCCUUUCCAUUUGCUUUAAAAGGAAAAGGAUUCUAUUUACGAGAACAUCCUCAAAUUCUUUAACCUUUUCUCACAAUUUCGAUUCCAAGUCAUGGAUGCACAACGAGCUCUGCUUGAUGAACUCAUGGGAACGGCUCGUAAUUUAACGGAGGAAGAGAAAAAGGGAUACAGGGAACUUCGAUGGGAUGACAAAGAGGUUUGUGCAUUUUAUAUGGUUCGCUUUUGUCCUCACGACCUCUUCGUCAACACUCGGAGUGAUCUCGGACAAUGCCCUAGAGUUCAUGAUCCAAAAUUGAAAGAAAGUUUUGAGAAGUCCUCCAGACACGAUGCUUAUGUGCCCAAAUUUGAAGCUGAACUGGCUAAGUUCUGUGAGAAAUUGGUGAUGGACCUUGACAGAAGAGUUAGGCGAGGACGAGAACGCCUUGCUCAAGAGGUGGAGCCAGCACCACCUGCUCCACUAUCUGCAGAGAAGUCUGAACAGUUAUCUGUCUUGGAGGAAAAAAUAAAAAAUCUGCUGGAGCAAGUGGAGAGUCUUGGCGAAGCUGGAAAGGUGGAUGAAGCUGAGGCACUUAUGAGAAAGGUGGAGGCACUUAAUGCUGAGAAGACAGUGUUGACUCAGCAACCUCAGAAUGAUAAAGUAUUGAUGCUUGCGCAGGAGAAAAAAAUGGCUCUGUGUGAGGUUUGUGGAUCUUUUCUAGUUGCUAAUGAUGCUGCUGAGAGAACUCAGUCCCAUGUUACAGGAAAGCAACAUAUUGGUUAUGGAAUGGUUCGGGAUUUCAUCUCUGAGUUCAAGGAAGCAAAGGAGAAAGCAAGGGAAGAGGAAAAAUUAGCUAGAGAAAAAGAAGCUGAAGAACGGAGAAAGCAGAAGAAGGAAUAUCAGAGUAGGAGGAGCAGAAGUGAUUCAGGGGAUAGAGACAAAUAUUGCGAUCGAGACAAGGAUUCUGACAGAUACCAGGAUCGUGAUUUGGAUCGUGAAAGGUCUCGAGAGUGGAGCGGGAGAGGUAGUAGGGAUGGAGAGAGAGAAUGGAGGUACAAGAAUGGUAGAGAUGGAGGCAGGGAUAGGCACCAUAAUCGCAGCAGGUCCCGUUCACCUGGUAGACAUAGUCACAGGAGGUCCUCGAGAAGUCCUGUUCGCCGAUAUUAGUGCCAUUCUGUACAAUAGAUGUUUUGGCUUUGAAAGCCAAUGAGGUAGACCUCUUAUUUUAUUUCUAGUUUAUAAACGUGUGCUUUUGGAGUAGUGCUAAAUUUUGUCAUCAUGGAUGAAACUUUUUUCUUGGUAACUCACAGCUUUGUUGGGACUAUACCAACUCCCUUUCAUCAAAAUUACUAGAGAGGAAAAGGGUUGAGGUAGGUAUAACAAUAUUAUUGUUAACUCCUUUUUAUCUUGUUUGGACUAAAUUUAUAACAUGCAUCCGUGGGCUUUGUUUUGAGUCUCUUCUUUAUCCCCUCUUCCUUCAUAUGCUUAUAUCUAUAGUCAAGCUGCUGAGAAAGAUGAUGAUCUUCCAAAUUUGAGGUAACAGAUUAAAUUUCGGUUACAGCACCACAAUGCUUUAGUUGUCUUCCUUACUCUGUUAUUGCCUUUGUGGAUGCUUUUGUAUCAAUUAUUUGUUUGAAACGGCUUGCUGUUGUGGAAUAGUACAGGGAAAAUCUGGGAUGGUUUGAACCUAGAAGUAACCUUUGACGCGUUUCUUAUGUUUUUUAAAACCCUUGCAAUAGAUUUAUGUAAAGAGUACUGUUUCCUUUAGUCCUGUAAAUGGCUAGGCUCAGCUAUUGGAUUGUUGGUUGCAUUUGUUCUUUCUGAUGGGUUUGUAUGAUUACGAAUUUACUAUGUGUUUCCAUAACAUUGUUCUUUGUAGCUUGAAUUCUGAUUUUGGAAGUUGGAAUAAAAUUAAUGAGUUGGUCCAUGAACAA